AUUACCAACGGCUUCCAAACAAGCGACUUGGACGUCAAUUUUAAACAAUCCUGUUGGAUUCUUAAUACUCUAGGGUCAGUGGACAGGCAUCAUCCAUGUCAUUGUACGAAGUCAAUGAAUUUCUCUCGUUGACCUCACCAAAUCUUGCAUCUCUCCCAGCAAUUUCUUCUUCAAGAUAAAUUUUACUCGAGCUGGACGUUCAAUUCCCCUCCCUCUCAGCUUAUCAAUUCCUCACGGCCUCUUACCCGUCGAACGGACGCGGAGGAAGCAGCUAGCCAUGGCGGUGUCGAUCGAGCUGCCCAAGGAGUACGGCUACGUGGUGCUGGUCCUCGUGGCCUACGCCUUCCUCAACCUGUGGAUGAGCCUCCAGGUCGGCAAGGCCCGCAGGAAGUACAAGGUGUCCUACCCCACCCUGUACGCCGUCGAGUCGGAGAACAGGGACGCCAAGCUCUUCAACUGCGUGCAGAGAGGGCACCAGAACUCGCUGGAGGUGAUGCCGCUCUUCUUCGCCAUGCUGCUGCUGGGCGGCCUGCGCCACCCGGCCGCCGGCGCCGGGCUGGGCGCCCUCUACACGGUCGCCAGGUUCUUCUACUUCAAGGGGUACGCCGCGGGUGCCCCGCGGAACCGCAUGAGCGGGGUGCGGUUGAGCAUGGUGGCGGGGGCUGGGCUGAUCCUCUGCACGGCGUCGUUCGGCAUCAGCCUGGUCGUCAGGGAGACGCUCUGAAGCCUGAACUCUCAAUCUCCAAGUGACUCGUGCUUGGAACCCUGUAGUGCUGUCUGGAUGAAGAAAGCUUGAAGCAUGGGAUUAUACAGUUCCUGCUGCAAGUUUUUUUUCCUUCUUUUGGACUGAAGUUCCUGCUGCUAGUUACGGAGUACUCUGUUUGUACAACAUCAGUGUUAAAAGAAAGUGAAACCUGUCUUCAUCCGUUCUGCCA